GGUGCCCAGAACUGGACACAAUACUCCAGGUGGACCUGACCAGAGCAGAAUAGAGUGGCACUAUUACUUCCCUUGAUCUAGACACUAUACUUUUAUUGAUGCAGCAGCUUGAUCUGUUCUUGUGCCCACUUGUUUGACUUCUUCGCUGUCUACGGUAUCCUCAGCACUCUUCUCCAGCACCACAUUUCAAAUGAAUUGAUUUUCUUCCUAUCUCCUUUCUUAACUGUCCAGCUCUCGCAUCUAUACAUGGUAAUAGGGAAUACAAUGGUUUGUACAAUUCUAACUUUAGUGCUCAAUUAUAUAUCUUUACAUUUUAGGAUCUUUUCCAGUUCUUUCAUAGCUGCCCUCGUCAUUAUUGACUAGAGGAGAGUAUUCCAUCUUGUCCUGUAUCCCAGGUUGCAAACUCUUGGACCAGAUCUUGUCAGAAGGAGGAAUGUGGAGGGGAGGAGGAAAACUGUAACUAGUUGGAGAAGAUAAGGGAAUUGUAGUUAAAAAUGAGUGGAAAGAGGAAGGUCAGAGUUUGACAUGAAUAUCCUCUUUGAUCCAGCAGGAGACUCUUUGCUUCAGAGUACUGUACUGUAGUUGGGUGAAGAUAUCAUAUGAGGUGGGUGAAGCUCUUUUUCUUUAAAUGGGAGAGGCUGAUUUGUUAAAGAUGUGAGAGGAAGGAGAACUCCUGGUACCAUAUUGUGCCAUUUUUUUCUGGAAAGCUACAUAGAGCUGGGCAAUGUUACUUAUUGACUACAGAAUCUAGAAUCCCCUCAAAGAUUGUGGGAUCUGCAGUCCAAAAAAGUUUUUUUUUUUCAACUUGUGAAGAUACAAAGUGGAAAGGGAAAUGGGGAAUCUACUCUUGUCUCAAAUAAUUCCUGUCUAUUGCUUUGCAGGCUCCCCAGUCCUCCACCAUGCAAGUAGCUGAGGAUGCCUGUACCCAUUUGGAAGAUGAGUUGCUCUUCUGUGAAGAUUGCCGCUUUUAUUUCCGGGAUUCCUGCCCACAACAUGGACCCCCUACUUUUGUGGCUGACUCCACUGUUCCAGAAAGCACUCCAUCACGAGCACUGCUCUCUCUGCCUGAGGGACUUGUGGUCAAGGAGCGCCCUCAAGGAGGCUUUGGUGUCUGGAGCACUCUUCCAGCCUUGCCUCGUGGCUGCAUCUUUGGGCCCUAUGAAGGUGAAGUGGUCCGGGAACAUGGCAACUGCACCCGUUAUUCCUGGGCGGUGCGAAAAAAUGACUCCUAUUUCUUUAUUGAUGCAUCUGAUGAUUCCAGAUCCAGCUGGAUGAGAUACGUGGCAUGUGCCUCCACCGAAGAUGAGCAGAACCUGACUGUUUUCCAGUACCGAGGCUACAUCUACUACAGGGUCUGCCAAACCAUACCUGUUGACACAGAGCUGCUUGUGUGGAUAGGAGAGGAGUAUGCCCGCACCCUGGGAUUACAUUUGGGUGAGCACUUUAAAUAUGAGUUUGGUGAGAAGGAGUUGCUGAUGAAACUUUUCCAUGACCUCCUUCUGAAGACCCCAUCCUCACCCCCUGCUCCUCAUGCUCCUUCCUCACGGACCCAGUACUUGUGUGGGGAUGCCACUGCCUCAGCACUCCUGCCCCUCCACAAGCCAGGCCUUCCACCACCAGAAGGAAGCACUUUCCCCCUGCUGGAAGGGACACAGAACCUUGUGGGGUUGGGAAGAGCCCAAAGCCGCUACUGGACUUUUUUUGGCUUCCAGGGGGAUGCUUAUGGCCGCAUCCUGGACAAGAGCAAGAUCAUCUGCAAGCUGUGUGGGGUCCGGCUGAGUUACAGCGGCAACACCACCAACUUGCGCCAGCACCUCAUUUACAAGCACCGUUGUGAAUAUAACCAGCUGGUGGGGACUCAGACCACUACCCUUGACAGAGGGGGGAUGGGGAUGGGUGAGUUUGGACCUUCCCGUCCUCCUGCACCUGGAAGGACCACACAGGCAGUGGCUGGAUUCAUUGUGUUGGACCUCAUGCCCGUGGAGGUGGUAGAAGGAGAAGGGUUUGGACAGAUGCUAGGAGUCCUGGAUCCCAGCUACAAACCCCCGGAUGCUGCCUCCUUGGCGCAUACUGUGCUGAAGGACAUGUACACUCAUGUGAAGGGGAAAGUCUGGGAGCUGGUGCGGGCCCUACCCCAGUGUUCCCUCAGCUUGGACGUAUGGUGCCACAGUAGCAGCCUCACCUACCUCACGCUCACAGUGCACUAUGUGGACAACUGCUUUGAACCUCGCACAUGUGUCCUCUCCAGCCGCCCCAUCCCUGAGGAGCCCAGUGCUGAAAGCCUGGCUGAAGCCCUGGCUGAGGCAAGCAAGGAGUGGGGGCUGCGUGACAGCACCUCAUACACAGUGGGGGGCCUCAGAGGAGCUGACACCCAGAAAGCUGCAGCAGCACUUGGCUGGACAGCUGUGCCUUGCAUCGGUCAGGCCCUGCGAGCAGCAAUGGAAGCUGUGCUGAGCCAGCCAGCAGUACAAAGGGCCUUGGAACGGCUCCACCGCUUGGCCUCCUGGGUGCUGGCUGGGGCAGGGCGAUCUGAAAAACUGAGGACCCAGGAACCACUCCUUCAAGCUCACCUCAGCCGCUUCCUGCAGGAUGGGGGCAAAUGGCACAGUGUCUAUGCAGUUCUGCAGGGCCUGCUGGAGCACAGUGAGACUCUGGCGGGACUUGGCCCAGAUGAGGAGGCGACUUUGCAUCCCCAGGACUGGGCUGCCCUUCAGGAUACAGUCAAAGUCCUCAAACCAAUGUCAGUUGCUACCUCAACGUUUACCAAAGAGCCUUUCUCCAGCCUGUCCCUUGUCAAGCCUGUGCUAACCAGCCUCCUUUACAAGCACCUGGUAUCCAGCGAGUGGGAUUCAACCCUGGCCCUGGAUGCCAAAGCAGCAGCCCAGAAGGAGCUGAACCAACAGUUCUCUAAUUCAGAUGUCAACCAGGCCCUCAACCUCGUCUGUGCUUUGGAUCCCCGCUUCCGUGGCCUUGACUUCCUGAGCCAUGUUGACAGGGUGGAAACCCUGCACUUGCUCAAGACAGAAGCAUCACGCUUGGCUGAGACAUCCUCAGCUUUGACCUCUGCCCUGCCCGAUACAACCUCUUCCUCCCCUCCUGCAAAGCUGCCAAAACAAGAUACCGGCAUUGAGUUCCUACUGGGAGACCUGUGCAGCGUGCACAGUGCCUCGGGCGUCAGUUCUGCGCAUCAGCAGGCAGAACAAGAGACAGCCAGCUUCCAAACCAGCAAGGCCUCUGCCCUUGGCCAGGAACCUUUGCAGUGGUGGAAAAUGCACCACACGCAGUACCCAGUACUGGCUCAGGCAGCCCGCAAGCUGCUUGGUGUUCCUGCCACCUCAGUCCCUGCUGGCUGGCUCUUCAGCAAUGCUGGUGACACCAUCUGUUCAAAGCGACGAGCCCUGACACCGGAACAUGUGGACAUGUUGGUCUUCCUCCAUGGCAACCGAGCCAUGCUGUAUUAGGACUUGCCAAAGAGAAUGGGUCAGGUGUGCAAGGCCUUUGGGCAUCUGCCAAGGGAAUCUUAGCCACUUCCCCCACCCUAACGCACACACAAGAAGAGAAUGUACCUUCUGACAAAUAUACAGAGCUUAGGGGAGUGGGGGGGGGGAACUACAAGAAGAAGUCCUGCAGCCAGCAUGAUCAGCAGAUUCUGGGAAUUAUCGUGCAAAAAUGUAACUUUUCAAAUUAUUGACUCUGAGGGAGAGGUGUGCUCUGUGUUUUGGGUAGAGUCUCACCCUCCAAGGGGUGAGGAUAAGAGCCAUUUCCUUAAGCCAAAAUAGCCUGGACAGAAAAGAUGAUGCUUCAUCAGUUAGUAGUCAUUUUGGAAAAGAGGAAUGGUCCAUUUUCCACACAGAGGGGGAGGCUAAGGAGCUUGUGAAUGGGGUGGGUGGCUUGAAGUGCAGGAAUAUUCCAUGUGUGCAGGAGGAUGGGUAUGGGUAUGAAAGAGAGGGUUAUUAUAUGCAUAGAGUGUGUGUGUUACAGUCAUCCUUUGCUUCUCCAGUUUAAAAGUGUUGGUACAUUGCAAAGGACAGGAAUGGUUCUUGAAAGGGAAGGAAGAAGAGAGCAUUUGAGGACAGGAAUGGUCCAUGGACCAGGUUGGGGAGGGCAUGGAGGAAUAUUCUAUGGCUGGAAUAUUCCAUGUGUGUGAGUGGAUAGGUGGAGCUCUGACUACAUGGGAAGGGUGGGAGCCUGGAGACAGACAGAAAACUAUAUAGGAAUUGAAGCAGCAGCAAAAGAGGGGCGGGAGAACCACUGAAGGCAGAGCUAGCUCAUCUACAAGGGAGGAAAAAACAGCAUGGAAUAUUCAAAGUGAUCUGGAUUAUAAUUAGUCAAUGCAUUACAGAUUGGAGAGAUGGGGGACAGUCAUGGUAGAUAUUAAUAUCCCUCAUCCCCCCCCUCCUAAAAAAUUAUCAUAGAUAAGUGUUAUCUUUGGUUAAGAAGAAGGGUACUGAUUGUUCAACAUUGCAAGUACCUUUUGGGAAGGGAUUUAGGCAGAAGACACAGAGAUCAUACCUUUCUUUUCCUUUUGGAGUAGGGGCUGGUGUGGGAGAAAAUAGCAGCCCCUUCCCCACAGCUUCUCCCUAUCAAUGCUGUGAAUAUCUUUCUUCUUUUCUCUUCCCCUACCCUGCCCAAAAAGCAUCCAAGAAACCAUUCAGAUGAAAGAAACUGUGACAUCAGGAACCAUUGCUCCUGUUGGGAAUCUCAGGCUAUCCUUAUUCCAACCUUCUGGGGCAGUAAAGUGACAGUAAGCCAAAGAAAGUAUUAGCCAUUUCUUUACUGCUUGUUCUCUGUAUUCCUUUCCCCAGAGUUUCCCUUCCUUUUUCCACCCUCUUUUUGCAUGCCACUGAAAAAUUAAAACCUAUCAAGCAAAAGACGAAGGAACAGAGCUGUUCCCAAUAUUAUCAUCUACAUCUUGGGGGGGGGUGUUUCCCAGGAAUCUUUGACCCCAUCAUUCCAAGCUGGAGCAGGUUUUGUUUGGGAUUUGUUUUGGUUUAAAAAAAAACAACCCAAAACCAGUGCUUCAACAAAUAAAUAAAAGAUGCUUUGUUUUAGAAA